AGUUUCAUCUUUUUCUGAUAAUAGGGAAGAUGAGGGAGAAAUAGUCGGUCGGCCAAGAUGUCGGGAGACAUAGUUUAUGGUGCUGGGAAAGUCUUGACAAUUGAUGACCUAGUCGAGGCCCUGGGCAGGCGAGAGAGGUUACAAAGCAAUAUCGCAAAGGUCAACACCUUCCACUUUAACAUGGAGCGAGUUUCAAAAUGGUUGGAGUUGGUGGAACAGGCACUGGUAGGAUUAUCGGAUGCGGUAAAAUUCCAACGCAUUCUCAAGUAUGUACUUCAUGGGCACCACCAGGAGGUGGAUAAAGUGAUCAACGCCACCAACGACAGUUGGGCGAGAUUCAAAGAUGGAAUUCAGAGGAAGUACAGGCUGGGCGAUGGCCUGUUAACCACUGCGGACCCGGAAGCAAUGAACAGGGAUGACUUCACCAUAGUGGGAGCCUUCGUACAAGAGUUUAAAAAGAAGGUGAGAAAGGUCCAUGGGGUCUCUGAGGAGGUGCAGUGUGUUAUUUUCUUGAGAUUGCUCACUGCCUCGGAAGCGUCAGAGCUGACGAGCCAUGGAGGAGGGAGUGUGAAGCUCACCUGGGCCACUAUCGACAAAGGGGUAGAGGAAGGAAGUCUGGACCAGGGCAAUCAAGAGAAUGGAGGAAGAGGCAGUGGAAGAGGACGUGGCAGGAAUGGUGGUGGCCGAGGAGGACAAUGGGAUAACCAGGGCUACCAGGGUCAGGGAAAUCAAGGGAGCCAAGGGAACCAAGGAGGUCAAGGGUAUGGAAGACCUCGUUUCGACUGGAGAACCGAUAUUUGUCAGCAUUGUGACAAGCAAGGUCACAUGAUACGGUUCUGCAACAUAAGGCGGGAAGAUGAGAAAUCCAGACUUAUUUAUUCCAAUAUAAAUGGUGAUAUAUAUGAUCAGUUCGGAGAGUAUAUCGACCGGAAGGUUCCAGGCAGAGUAAGGGCAGAGGCUCAUAGAAGGAUAGCUGCGCGGCAAGCGCCGCCUCCCGCAUUCAGGUUAUGGGAGGAAAAUGAUGAUCCACCAAUUAAAGUGGAAGAGGUUGAAUAUGGCGAGGAAGUGACUCAAAGGUUGUCGGCAAGGACGAUAGAGGAGGAACCAAUGGUCGUUGAGUCAGAGGAAGAAAAUAAGGAUGAGAAGGUGGGGCCAGCAUCAAUCCUUAUAGGGAAGAUGAAAGACUUGUGGAAGAAAAUAGGCCGGUACCAGCUGAAAUUGGUAGAUAUAUGUGAGACAGUGAAGAGUUGCAGGGCUGGUGUUCCCAAAGUCUUUCUUUAUGAGUCUGGCCUGGAAUCGAUGCCAGGGCGACCCGGAGUAGCUGCCGUGGGAUCAGGCCUGCGGUAUGGAAUGAUGGUCAGACCCCCUAUGGCCCAAGAAAGAAUGGCGCAAGAAAGAAUGGCACAGGCGGCUCGCACCCGAGGCCAGGCUAAGGCCAGUGCUAGCCAGGAACCUCCGCGGAAAGAGUCAGAGCCAGAGAAGAGAAAGGAGGUCGUAGAGGUGGAGGAUGAGGAGGAGGAGGACGAGCAGGAUGAAAGGCUGCGCCAGGAAGAGGACCAGAGAGCGGAGCAAAGGGCCAAGAAGAGAGGAUCCCAGGAAGAAGCCGAACUUGUACUGCGCGAUGCGGCACCAAGGAAAAAGAAGUAUGCGGUCCGGUUGGAGGAAGGGUUUGACGUGGAGAGGAUAAUCCAUAGAUUACUUGAGGGUCAUAAUGACCUGGUGACCUUGAAAGAGAUCUUGACAUCUGCUCCUAAGCUCCACAACGAGCUAAAGGGAAGACUCUCUCGGCGCUUAGUGCGAAAUGUUCAUCUAAGCGUGAUUCUGCCAAAGGAGGCAGAAUGGGCCGAAACUGGGACGAAGAUGGACUGGAAGUGCGUGGCCUGUGGAAGGGUGGAUCUGGUUGUGAAAGGAUUUAGGUGCGCAGCGAUGGUGGAUACAGGGGUGGAGAUGAACAUCAUCAAGGAGGCUGACGCAGUUAGGUUUCGAUUGGAAAUAGACCGCUCGGAUUGCGACAUUUUGCACGGGGCUAACUGCAAAGCCGUAUUUUGUGGGACAACGUCAAACGUACUUAUUGAAAUUUGGAGAAUGAGGGUCAGAGCUUGCUUCUUCGUCAUGCCAGACGUGGAUCAUGCCAUCCUCCUAGGGAGGUUUUUCCUAUGUAGGACAGAGACGUUGAUGUUCAAUAAACACGACGAGACUCUGAUCCUGAUCCUGUGUGACCCGACAUGUGAAAACUAUGAGAUAAUCAUUUGUCGGAACGCAGACCUGCGGAGCAUUAGGAAUCGACCCAACCCUGAUUCAUUCACAAUUGAAGAAUCAGAGGACGAGCGUCGGAAGCUCCGUGAGGAAUCAACAGAGGAGGCACAGGAGGAGUUGUUUUCCCUUAGCUUGUCUGACGUGAACAAGGCCAUGGAUGUAGUGGCCACACACGAGAUGGCGGAUCCAUACGCCAUUCAGGCACUAAGGGAGCAAGUCCUGGAGUGUCCCCAGGCUGGGGAACUGAAGCUGGUCUAUCGGCUUCCAGGCGGACGGAGGAACCUUGCAAUUAUGCAGGUGCAAGCAGUAAGCUGACUUUUUUUAGGGGACAACUCAAGCAGGGUUCCCAAAGGCGGUACAAGACGAUAGACAAGAAGUG